ACCAUUUGUAGGGAAAAAAAAUAGCUUGACAACCGCAGGCACAUCCUUGUUUUUUAUUCCUUUUUUUUCUUUUGCCUUUCACAUACACAAACACAGAUAUAGUCACUCGGACUGAGUAAACAUGUUGUUUACAAUAGGCCUUCAGCUGUUUUUCUACCUAGAAUAGCCUGUGUAUUACAAAGUACAAGGUAAGCCAUAAAUGACCUUUACCAGAGUCUUGAUUCUAUAAGAAAUUCAAUCUUCGGGGCAGUAUGUAUGAAUUUUCCUUCACAGAAAUACACAUAGAAGCACUCAAAGCCUUCAUUUUAAAUACUAAAUUAAGAAGGCUCCAAGUGUUGUCAAAAAGUUAAGAUAAGCUUUUAUUCUAUUUUUACUGCCAACCACUGUUUCUGCUCAUUAUCUCAGUUCUGCGCCGUGUUUUUGAUCUUAUUUUAAUGCGUGUGCUUCCUGGGUUUUCCUACCCAGUGAGCAUGAGACGAGUGUUCCCAAAGGAGAUGUUGCUGCGCGUUGCUUCAUUUAAUGUAUGCCAUGCUGUGCACCUUGUCUUCGCCCCAUGACUCGCUCAUUCUAAGAAUUGAUUGUCAGCCACCUGUGCGACAGGUAUGUGCUUGCUGUCAUCCAUGAACAAAGCCCAGCUGUAGUAAUCAGAAAUUAGUUCUUAGCAACCUCUCUUAUGCACGCUCACAAAUACACACGCACACACAUACAAAUGAAUAGACAAACAUGCUGCUCCACCCCAUAUCUAUCUUCCCUGACUGGCCGGUCUUGUUAGUGUUCACGCCUGUGCCUGUUGACUAAUACGCGGGGCUGGGACACCUGUCAGACAGUGAAAGACUUUCCUUCUGUUCACACCAACCACACUCAGCGGGACACAGAUUCUCAACUAACCUUGCUUUGCUGGAUAAACUGACAGCAGUGGCCUGUAAAGAAAAGAGAACAAAGAAGACCCUGAAACAAUCAUGUCAAAAGAGGGAGACAGAGCAUCUGUGUUACGUACCACCAAAGUCCGGACCAAGCUGAGGGGGGAUGCCAGCUGGUUGCAACGCAACAAUGAACCUAAGGCCGAAACCCAGGAUGAGAAACCAUGGAUAGCUGAAGUUAAAGCCACGCGUUUGAGUGAAGCCGCUGUUGAGACCAGUCCGGUGUCUUCACCAACACAAUCUACACCACCAACGAAGUCUGACACAGAGAGGCCACCAGCAACAGGAUACCUUAUCAGGGGUGUUUUCACUCGACUAGACAAGCCUGCUCCAUCCUCACCAUCUAAUGGCAAUGGCAAAACACCACAAUUCACCAAAAAACCUUCUGAGAUCUACAAGAAAAUAGCCCCCCACACUGUGAGGCCAGCUUUAGACAAACAGGAGAGCCAGCUUAGCCUCGAGGAGCAGGAGAAGCGGACUGAGGCAGCCAGUAAUGUUCUGAGGAGAUCUGCACCCAGGCAACGGUCUUACGUGCUUUCUGCUGCAAAGAUAUAUGAGUCUCAAGAAAAAGCACCUGACACAUCACUGACUGACAGCAGUCCAGCAUUUGUGGCUAAAAGGGUGGAGAUUACUGAUGAUGAGCAUGCUGAGACUCCAGCACCUGGCAGCACUGUGUCACCAUCCCCUGUUGUUCCUGUCACAUCUGUUGCAUCCAUACCUGAGCCCAAACCUCAGAAAAUUGCUGACACCAGCACCACGACAGCUGCCGAUGUGACUGUUAAUGAGCCGGUGGCUCCAAAGUUGGAGAAGAAGGCCUCCCCAGAGCCUGUAAGAGAAGAAGCCCCUCCAGUGAUUCCUGUCUCGGCUUCAGCUGUCACUGAGUCACCUGCACCUGUGGCUCCUGCUGUAAAAACCACGUCACCUGCACCUGUGGCUCCUGCUGUAACAACCACGUCACCUGCACCUGUGGCUCCUGCUGUAACAACCACGUCACCUGCACCUGUGGCUCCUGCUGUAACAACCACGUCACCUGCACCUGUGACUCCUGCUGUAACAACCACGUCACCUGCACCUGUGUCUCCUGCUAUAACAACCACGUCACCUGCAUCUGUGUCUCCUGCUGUAACAACCAUGUCACCUGCUGUGUCUCCUGCUGUAACAACAACAACCCCUGCUGAGUCUCCUGCUGUGACAACAACAACCCCUGCUGAGUCUCCUGCUGUGACAACAACAACACCUGCUGAGUCUCCUGCUGUGACAACAACAUCCCCUGCUGUGUCUCCUGUUGUGACAACAUCACCUGCACCUUUGUCUCCUACUGUUACAAAGUCACCUACACCUGUGUCUCCUGCUGUGACAACAUCACCUGCUGUGACUCCUGCUGAUCAAACGUCACCUGCACCCGUGUCUCCUGUGGUGAUGUCACCUGCUGUGACUUCUGCUGAUAAAACGUCACCUGCUGUGAGUUCUGCUGAUAAAACGUCACCUGCUGUGUCUCCUGCUGUGACUCCUGCUGAUAAAAUAUCACAUGCACCUGUGUCUCCUGCUGUGACAACAUCACCUGCUGUGACUCCUGCUGUGACAACAUCACCUGUUGUGUCUCCUGCUGUGACAACAACAUCACCUGCUGUGACUCCUGCUGUGACAACAACAUCACCUGCUGUGUCUCCUGCUGUGACAACAACAUCACCUGCUGUGACUCCUGCUGUGACAACAACAUCACCUGCUGUGUCUCCUGCUGUGACAACAUCACCUGCUGUGUCUCCUGCUGUGACUGCAACAUCACCUGCUGUGACUCCUGCAGUGACUGCAACAUCACCUGCUGUGUCUCCUGCUGUGACAAUAUCCCCUACUGCUGUGACUCCUGCCGUUACAACGUCACCUGCACCUGUGUCUCCUGCUGUGACACCAACAUCGCCUGCAGUGACCACUGCUGAUAAAACAUCACCUGCACCUGUGUCUCCUGCUGUGACCACUGCUGAUAAAACAUCGCCUGCACCUGUGUCUCCUGCUGUGACAACAACAUCACCUGCACCUGUGUCUCCUGCUGUGACAACAACAUUAUCUGCUGUGACUCCUACUGUGACAGCAACAUCCCCUACUGUGCCCCCUGCUGAUAAAACAUCACCUGCAGUGACUUCUGCUGAUCAAACAUCACCUGCAUCUGUGUCUCCUGCUGUGACAACAACAUCCCCUGCUAUGUCUCCUGCUGAUAAAACAUCUCCUGAACCUGUGUCUCCUGCUGUGACCACUACUUAUAUAACAUCACCUGCACCUGUGUCUCCUGCUGUGACAACAACAUCACCUGCAGUGACCACUGCUGAUAAAACAUCACCUGCACCCGUACCUCCUGCAGUGACAGCAACAUCACCUGCUGCGACUCCUGCCAUUACAAUGUCACCUGCAACUGUGUUGCCUGCUGUGACUCCUGCUGAUAAAUUGUCACCUGCACCUGUGUCUCCUGCUGUGACAACAUCACCUGCACCUGUGUCUCCUGCUGAUGAAUCCUCACCUACACCUGUGUCUCUUGAUGUCACAACAUCCCCUGCUGAUAAAACGUCACCUGCAGUGACCUCUUCUGAUAAAACAUCACCUGGACCUGUGUCUCCUGCUGUGACAACAACAUCAUCUGCACCUGUGUCUCCUGCUGUGACAACAACAUCACCUGCUGUACCCCCUGCUGAUAAAUCCUCACUUGCACCUGUGUCUCCUGCUGUGACAACAUCCCUUGCUGAUAAAACGUCACCUACAGUGACUUCUGCUGAUCAAACAUCACCUGCACCUGUGUCUCCUGCUGUGACAACAUCCCCUGCUGAUAAAACGUCACCUGCAGUGACUUCUGCUGAUCAAACAUCACCUGCACCUGUGUCUCCUGCUGUGACAACACCACCUGCUGUGACCACUGCUGAUAAAACAUCACUUGCACCCAUACCUGCUGCAGUGACAGCAACAUCACCUGCUGUGACUUCUGCUGAUAAAAUGUCACCUGCACCUGUGUCUCCUGCUGUGACUGCAACAUCACCUGCUGUGACUUCUGAUGUUACAAAGUCACCUACUCCUGAGUCUCCUGCUGUGACAACAACAUCCCCUGCUAUGUCUCCUGCUGAUAAAACAUCUCCUGAACCCGUGUCUCCUGCUGUGACCACUGCUGAUAAAACAUCACCUGUACCCGUACCUCCUGCAGUGACAGAAACAUCACCUGCUGUGACUCCUGCCGUUACAAUGUCACCUGCAACUGUGUCGCCUGCUGUGACUCCUGCUGAUAAAUUGUCACCUGCACCUGUGUCUCCUGCUGAGGCAACACCAUCCCCUGCUGUGACUUCUGCUGAUAAAAUGUCACCUGUACCUGUGUCUCCUGCUGUAACUGCAACAUCACCUGCUGUGACUUCUGAUGUUACAAAGCCACCUACUCCUGAGUCUCCUGUUGUGACAACAACAACCCCUGCUGAGUCUCCUGCUGUGACAACAACAACCCCUGCUAUGUCUCCUGCUGUGACAACAACAACCCCUGCUGAGUCUCCUGCUGUGACAACAACAACCCCUGCUGAGUCUCCUGCUGUGACAACAACAACCCCUGCUGUGUCUCCUGCUGUGACAACAACAACCCCUGCUGAGUCUCCUGCUGUGACAACAACAACCCCUGCUGAGUCUCCUGCUGUGACAACAACAACCCCUGCUGAGUCUCCUGCUGUGACAACAACAACCCCUGCUGAGUCUCCUGCUGUGACAACAUCACCUGCACCUUUGUCUCCUACUGUUACAAAGUCACCUACACCUGUGUCUCCUGCUGUGACAACAUCACCUGCUGUGACUCCUGCUGAUCAAACGUCACCUGCACCCAUGCCUCCUGUGGUGAUGUCACCUACUGUGACUUCUGCUGAUAAAACAUCACCUGCACCCAUGCCUCCUGUGGUGAUGUCACCUGCUGUGAGUUCUGCUGAUAAAACGUCACCUGCUGUGUCUCCUGCUGUGACUCCUGCUGUGACAUCACCUGCACCUGUGACUCCUGCAGUGACAGCAACUUCACCUGCUGUGUCUCCUGCUGUAACAGCAGCAUCACCUGCUGUGUCUCCUGCUGUGACAACAACAUCAUCUGCAGUGACUUCUGCUGAUAAAAUGUCACCUGCACCUGUGACUCCUGCUGUAACAACCACAUCACCUGCUGUAACUUCUGCUGAAAAAACAUCACCUGCGCCCGUGUCUUCUGCUAUGAGUUCAGCCAUUACGACUGGCACAGUGUCUACUGCCCCAGCUCCCACAGUCAUGAAGUCACCUGACGUGAAGCCAGCUGUCACAGAAUCAGCUGCCCCUGUGUCUCCUAUCCCAGCUUCACCUGCCCCAGUGUCUGCUGUAACAGAACUUACAAUGAAGACAGAAAUGAAGCCAGAGCCAGAGCCAAAGUCCAAUUUGUCUUCAAAAACAAGCUUUAAGGAUGAUGAGAGAGCUCUGGCAAACCAAAAAGGACACUCAGCAGACAACCAGCCCACAAAGAACAGUGUUGAACAGAAGCCAGCUUCAGAGCUCAGCGACUGUGAACCAAUAACUGAUGAUCUCCUGGGUUUCAGUGAUGGUCCAGAGGAGAAAGCAGAGCCUGUUCCUCCCAGUCCAGGACACUGGAGUCAGGAUCUGCUUAGCGGACUGGACAGUGAGCCAAACCCACUGAAGACCAGUAGCACCCCAAAUCUCCUGACCGAUGAUGUCACUACAAGAAGCACAAAGUCACGCAGUGAAGACAAUGAAAAUCCCUGGAGCUCGUGUGUGACAACAGUGACAACAGUCGUCACCGAGUCAAGCUCGGCUGAUCCAUUUGAUCCAUAUCCGAUAGGGACCACAUCCCCUAACAGCUCCUCUGACCUGCUCCAGCCCCUCUCUGAUAGUUCCAUCAACAGUAUGCGCAGUGAUCCUUUGCAAUUCCUUGCAGAUGACAUCAUGCCUAUGACUCGCAGCACAAGCCUCAACACUCAGCGGUCAUGGGCACACACACAGGAAACCAGCACAGCUCAGCGGUCUAACACAGAGGAGAGCCAAGAAGCACAACCAGAAGCAGAAGGCCAAGCUGAAGAUCAAAAGACGCUCAUCAUGUUUGAGAGGAGGUCCCUUGAGACUGGCUCUCCAUGGAACAGAUGGACAUCACCCACUGUCUAUACUAUCAGCACUAUUACAGGAGAAGAGGAAGAGGAGGAGGAAGAGGAGGAAGAGCAGGGAAGCACUGAGGUUACACAGACAAUCAGAACCACCACAAUCAUCAGGGAGAUACAUAGCGAGCCUGAGCCCUCUAUGGAUCGUUUUGACACCUAUUCCAGGACCAUAAGAGAAGAGAGGCGAGUCCAAACCCCAGAACCUGAAAUCAAAAAGCCGUUUGUGUUUGUGAAGGAAUAUGUCAAUGCAACUGAGACAUCCUUGCAUAACCCCAGAGACGAGGUCGAUAGGUCAGAUUAUCUGACUUCAAGCUCCACCAGCUAUUCUUACAGCAGCCCAACUCUUUACUCCAGCUACUCCAGAAGCCCGCUGUCAUCUACCUGUACAUACUGCGGAGAGCAGGUGGGAAAUGAUGCCAAGAUUACCAUUGAGCACCUCAGCAUCAACUCCCACCCUGACUGCUUCAAGUGUCAUGAGUGUAGGAAACCUAUGGGAGACCUUCUCCACAGUAUGUUCUUGCAUGGUGGGAAAGUCUAUUGUGACGCCUGUUACGCCGCGAUCUGAUCAUCAGAGCUCUGCAGACUCUUAUCCUUGCUCCCUUUCUGUC